CCCCAGGCACUCACGCAGCGGACAAAGCAAACUCCAGCCCGCAGCUGAGGGUCCACAGCAGGAGAGAAGAUGCGGGCGCCCAUUCCAGAGCCCAACCCUGGAGACCUGAUUGAGAUUUUCCGCCCCUUCUACAGACACUGGGCCGUCUACGUUGGUGAUGGAUAUGUGGUCCACCUGGCCCCCCCAAGUGAAAUCGCGGGAGCGGGGGCGGCCAGCCUCAUGUCCGCCCUGACCGACAAGGCCAUAGUGAAGAAGGAGCUGCUUUAUUUUGUUGCCGGGAAAGACAAGUACCACGUCAACAACAAGCAUGACCAGAAGUACUCCCCGCUGCCUCCCAGCAAGAUCGUGCAGCGGGCGGAGGAGCUGGUGGGGCAGGAGAUGCUCUACAAGGUGACCAGUGAGAACUGUGAGCACUUCGUGAAUGAGCUGCGCUAUGGAGUCCCCCGCAGCGACCAGGUCAGAGAUGCCAUCAUGGCGGCUGGCAUCGCGGGAGUGGGCUUGGCAGCCGUGGGCCUCAUUGGAGCCGUGAUCUCAAGAAACAAGCGACAAAAGCAAUAAGUUGAAGGGACUGUCCUGACAGCAAUUACUUUAAACAUUAACGGGAUCUUGUUUUGCUAGAGGUUUUGAGGUUUGGUUUAUGGCUUUCAUUCUGUUUUUAUAAUAAGGCGUAUUUUCACAGAAUUAAAUACAGCCCAAUAAAGGAGGAUUUUAUUGGGGAAAAUGCAGCCAGAACUGCCUGGUGUGAAGUCCGUUGAGGGCACAGCUGGGCUCUGUUCCUGGUGACGCCAGUUUGUGCCCUGGCCCUUUGGUGAUCUUUCACUUUCUCUUUGCGGCUGCGUUCUUGACCUUGCAGGAAACACAGUCCAACUCCUGUUACCUCAAGUAAUGGGCGUUUCUGGUUGUGAGGACACACUGAACAGCAAGACCUGGUGGAUAUACAAGAACAGGAACCACGGGAGAGUCAGGACCUUGGCCUGGAACUAGACCCAGGAUGGCUUCUAGGCUCAGCAGCCGGAGUCUGCAGACGUUCACUGGAGUUCAAACCAAACCAAACCUUUGCCAUAAAGAAACUCAAUACAUGCUCUUGCCAAUCUAAAAACCAGCCUUAUUACCCCUCUGCUCUUCACAUCUUUCCUCUGCCUUGUUGCUUUCACCCUCCCCCACCCCAUCCCCAGAACUCCUGCUUCCUCACCACUGGGCUUGGGACAAUCCCGAGGGCUCUGACCCCACAUCCCCUCCUUUGGCCCCUCCUCCCCAUAUCAGCUCAGCUCUGUCCCUCCCACUGCCUGUCAGGUGCUCCUAGUUCAAAUUCUUGAGAGAGAAUCAGCUCACCAAAUCCUAGUUCAGUCUACUGAUUGGCUGCUGUUGGGUCAGGUGACCGACCAUAUUAGGCCAAUCAGCUCUUUCCUGUUGGGGCCAGGUCACAUGGUGGUUGCCUCACACAUUCUGGGUUGGGGGUGUGGCAGGCCCCAGCCUGACCACCCUGCUGCCCAACCCUCCUGGGAGGGAUCGGGGGAAGGAAUGACCCCUUGUGGCGAGUCCCUUGAGGUCUGCUCCUGCUCUCUGGGCUUAGAAGGUGUUCAAAGUGGCCAUUUCUCUAAAAGGGGCUUUUGUGGGUUCCUCAGCGACACUCUACUCGUGCUGGGAAUGUUUCCUUUGUCAGCCCUGGUGUCAGGGACCAUGUGUCUGUUGGAAUCCUGGACGGGACUGUCAAGGAAAAGGAAACGGACUCUGUAAACCUAAGAAGAGAGUUUUAUUGAAGACUUGUUGAGGGCUGGCCACGAAACAGUGCUCUGACUUGGGGGGAGGGAGAGGGACUUAUGUAGGCAGAAAAGUAAGUGAAGGCACAUUUGACACUAGAACAGCGGUUCUCAACCUGGGGGUUGUGACCCCUUUGGUGGUCGAACGACCCUUUCACAGGGGCCGCCUAAGACCAUCCUGCAUAUCAGAUAUUUACAUGACGAUUCAUAACAGUAGCAACAUUACAGUUAUGAAGUAGCAACGAAAAUAAUUUUAUGGUUGGGUCACAACAUGAGGAACUGUAUUUAAAGGGCCAGAAGGUUGAGAACCACUGCACUAGAAGUUACGACUCGGGUACAUAAGCUUCCAUGGUUGUUUGACAUCAGCUGGAAGGGACGCAUAGAAAAGAGGAGGUUGAGUCGCUGCUGAACCUCCUGCUGUGGAAACAAUGGAAUUGCUUUGAGACUCUUGAGAUGACUCUUUGAUCGGGAUGGAGAGAGGACAGACACUCUCUCUGGUAAUCAGUGUCCCUUAGUGGGGAAGCAUUGCAGGGUCUGUGUGUGGCUAGCCCUGCGGUUAGUAAAGAAUCUUAGUUAGUAAGGCUCCUGGUUCUUCCCUGGUUGCUGAUGAAACAGAGGAGCUCAGGCACCCUUUCCCUUCCUCAGGACUUACAGGUGGCUCCGUGCCAGCUUUCUCCUGCUGGGCACACAUCUGGGGAUCAAACCAGCAACCUGGGUAUGUGCCCUGACUGGGAAUCUAACUGUCAACUUUUUGUGCACAGGACAACAUUCAACCAACUGAGCCACACCGACCUGGCUCAACUCCCUCCAUUUUAAGUGACUCUCUCAGCAUGUUUAUCCCAUUUUAUUUUUUCUUGUGUUAUUCUCCAAACACAAGAAUGCAAAACAGAAACACCCAGUUCAAUUAAAAAAUAAAUUAACAAAUUGCAUAAAAAACUGGAAGGUGUAGAAAUAACCAAAUAAGAUGGAAGAACCAAUUCCAGAUAUAUUGGUAAUCACCAUAGAUGCAAAUGGGUUAAACUUGCCAAGUAAAACACAAACAUUAGGCUUGGCCGGGUAGCUCAGUUGCUUAGAGUGUUGUCCUGACAUGCCAAGGUUUCGGGUCAAAUCACAUACAAGAAUUAACCAAUGAACCAAUCAAUUUAGUGGAACAACAAAUUGAUUGUUUCUCUCUUUCCUCUCUCUCUGAUGUAUAAAAUAAGUGGUAAAACUGCCAUUUUCUAGAGCAUUUUUUCAAUCUGAUGAGAUUUUGCUUCUCAGCAAUUGUUAUAAGUUUGGAUGAAAUAAACUCAUAAAAAUUCUUACAA